AUGGCGUUGGCUCCUCUCGUGCCCAGCUCCCCGGGAGAAAACGAAUACCCGUCCGGUUUCCCGCAGAGCAUCUGUGAUGAAGUUCCGGCGCCGAACUACCUGUGCAGCCACUGCGACUGCGUGCUGAACGGAGCGCAUCAGAGCGCGUGCGGCCACCGCUACUGCCUCGCGUGCAUCCACUGGCUCAUCAGAAACAACAAAAAUCUUGUGUGCACAAAGUGUAAAGAAGACCCAAACCAGGAAGGCAAGCAUGGCUUACUGACUCUUGACCAGUUCUUCAAUGAUGCAGCAAUCAAUAAAGAGAUUCUGGCUCUGAGAGUGCACUGCACCAACCCUAGCUGUACGUGGAAGAGCACCCUGGAGGACUUUGAGGAGCAUCAGACUCAGUGUGAGUACGCUUUAAUCCCCUGCAAUGUUGGCUGUGGCUUGAUGGUUUUGAGGAAGACGUUGGCCACUCACCUGGAGAAAGGCUGUCCCAAUAAUAAGAGCACGUGUCCUACAUGUUCCUGCCCUCUGACCCCUUCAGAGCUCCAGAAGCAUGUGUGUUCCACUGACAAGAAGGCUGCAAAAGCGGAAAAACGUCAAAAGGAUAAUAAGCAAGCAAAUUCCAAAAGGAAAGAGUCAUGUCCCUACUCUGAAGUUGGAUGCACAUUUAAGGGAACUGUGGAGAAACUGCGAGAACAUGAAAGCUGCAGUUCCACGGUCCAUCUCCACCUCCUCCUGGAGGCUUUCCGAAGCAUCCGUGUCUCUGUUCCUUCCCCACCUGAGAGGAGUGUGCACUUCCCAGGUCUAGACCUGCUCCUCCAUGGCCAGAGCUCACCUUCUGUUUGCACUCAGUCGGGUGGUGAUUUAGAGGUGGAUGGGAUGGAUGGAGGGGCAAACGAUAUGGCACUCAGUCUUCACGAUAACCAAGCUGAGCUGGAAGCGGGCCAGCAGCUUCACGCUCUUCAGCAGAGGCUGCAGAUCAUGGAGAACAUCAUCACGGCACUCAAUCGCGAGGUGGAGAAAACCCAGCUCACCGUGACAGCUCUGGAUAGAGACACCCAAACCAACACGCAGCUGGUGGAGCACUUGGAGAGCGUGGUUGCAGACCAGCAGCAGAGGAUGAUCAGGAAAGACUUGCACAUUGCCUCCCUGCAGCAGAGCAUCAGUGCGCAGCAGGACGUGUCUCAUGACGGCACGUUUCUCUGGAAGAUCUGUGAUGUCAGUCAGAAGCUAAGAGAGGCAUCCACAGGGCAAAUGAGCAGCCAGUACUCACCAGCCUUCUAUACAUCCAAGUAUGGAUUUAAAGUGUGCAUGCGGUUGUACAUGUUUGGAGACGGACAGGGGAAGGGGACGCACAUGUCUCUUUUCUUCGUGAUUAUGAAAGGAGAGUACGACCCACUUCUCUCAUGGCCUUUCAAACACAAGGUGACUUUCUUCCUCAUUGACCAGAACCAAAGAGAGCAUGUAAUCGACACAUUCCGUCCCGACCUCUCAUCCAUAUCGUUCCAGCGGCCCGUGUCGGAAAUGAACGUGGCCAGCGGCUGCCCUCUCUUCUUCCCUCUGGCCAAGCUGCGCUCCCUGAAACAUGCAUACUGCAAAGACGACGCGCUUUUUAUCAAGUGUGUGGUGGACUGUUCAUCCUGAAUGAUGAAGGAGGGACUGCGGAAAAUCUGCAUUGGGAUGACGAAAUAUGCUUUAUAGCAGUCAUGUGUGAUAAAAGACAUUUCCAUGAUAGAAUGUGAGCAAAAAAAUAUAUAUAUAUAUAUACAGUAUAUGCUUAUCCAUAUCAUGUUGUCACAUCACUCACUUCUGCAUAAAAAGUACUUCAAAAUACACACAAAGGGUAUACCACAUUUGUGGAGAAUUUUGUGAUAUUUUUGUCACAUGCACACAAUGACCACUCAUAAAUUCCUGCAGCUGCUGUAGGCCUCUUGGUAGCCUCUCUGAUCAGUUUCCUCCUCGCUUUUCCAUCCUGUGGGCCGUCCUUGCAAUUACAUUACAUUUCUGGCAUUUAGCCAGAUGGCUUUAUCUAGGGCGCCUUACUUUUAUACAACUGACCAAUUGAGGGUUAAGGGCCUUGCUCAAGGGCCCAGCAGUGGCAGUUUGGUGGACCUGGGAUUCCAAAUCACAACCUUCCGAUCAGUAAUCCUUAACCAUUAAGCUAGCAAAUCCCCUGUCUUAGUGUCUUAGUUGUACCAACCACCUUCCACUUCUUAAUAAUACAUUUCACUGGAGAUCUUUUGACAGUGCCUUGCCAUCCAUGGUUGAUUGUUUGCUUCAGAUGCACUACCAUGCUCCAAGAAUAGCUAUUUGUAUGCUGAGCUGAUCAAAAUGACCACAAGCGAUCACAAAUAGAAGUCAAAUGGCUUGGUGUACCACUGAGACGAUGAUUAGCUACACCAGUCAUUUUUAGGAGGCGGGGUUCUCCUUUAUCCAGCUCAGUGAUUCUGUUUUUUAUUUUUUCUGACCUGUUGCUGUUAUAUCUUUCAUUUGGAUGUUAUAAGUUGCACUGAUAUAAAUACAGCUGGAUAAAACAAAAAUUGCAUCUUUUCUUAGUUUCAGACUGUUAAGAAACAAAAUGUGAUUAUUUGGAAGAGGAUUCUUUUCUAUACCCACUGUGUGUACUGGAAUUGUAAGGUUUUUUAUAAGUGUAAUGAUUUACAUACCAUUUUGAUGAAUUCUAUUUUUUUAUAUAUAUAUAUUUUAUAGAAUAUCUAUCUAAAUUUCUCAUGAACCUCUGUAGAGCUGACAGGGAGCUGUUCGUGGACAAAUAAUUUAUUUAAUGCCAAUAAAUUAUGUAGAAAUGCUUUUUAACCUUGCCUU